AUGGAGCCGGUAUCACCGCCUCGGGCCCAACGGCCGUCGUCGUACCGCUACACAUGGGAUGAGAACGGGAAGGUUGCGGAGGUUACACGAAUCCGCGAAUCCCGGUCCUUCUCAGCCGAACGUCUCCGUCUCGACCACGAACGUCGCAAGUCCUCAGGCCAAUGGCGCUUCCAAAACAUCGCUGUCGCCAACAACAGUCCCCCAGACCUCGGCGAGUCCCAGCAGCCGGCCAUCCCGGGCUCCCCAGCACAACAACCAGGAGGAGGGAUAAAAAGAAGAAGCGGCUCCUACCGGCGCUACCGACCAUCAUGGCAGCCGUCGCUCCCGAAAUCGCAGCAGUAUCCAGACCCGUACCCCGAUUUCGACAAGCGCACGGGCGAGCCGUAUACCCAGAGCGCCGGGCCGGGGGCAUCGGAGUACCCGUAUAGUCCGGACGAUGUGGUGCCGGAUUAUCUGCGCAGUUUUAUCCGGCAUGAGGAUGGGAGUGGGAGUGGCGACGAUGGCAACAACAACAGCCACAGCCACAGCCACGGCCACGGCCGCGGCUCUGGUCGUCGGGAUGAAUCGCCGCCGUAUGGGGCGAGUGAUGAUGAUACACCGCCUUAUGUCGAGAGCCCGCCGUAUAGGUCUCGGAACAACAGCAGCGAGAUGGAAGAUGACGGCGAUAGUGAUGAUAGUGAUGAAACCGACACCGACGACGACGACGACGUGAGCAAAGAAAAAGGCUACAAAGACACCAUCCACCGCAACAGCAGCUACGGCAGCUACGGCAGCUCCCGACGCAGCACCAGCUGGCAAGCCCUGCGCUCUGGCUGGCGCGCCGGCGUGGCACUCACCGUGCUAGCCACCCUAGCCGUGCUCAUCGCCGGGUUCGUGUGCCUCAUGGUGGCCAUCUCCGGGAAGCCGUCGUCAGCGUCCGUAGCAGCAGCGGUGUACGUCGGUGCAUGCGGGACCGCGACGGCGGUGAACAUGGGCGUGCACGCUGCCAUUACGGUGGCCGCGGUGGUGCUCCUAGCGGGCGCGAACUAUGUGUUCCAGGUGUUGACCAGUCCGACGCGGGCUGAGGUGGAUGCGGCGCAUCGCCAGGAGCGUUGGGUGGAUAUUGGUGUGCCGUCGUUGAGGAAUCUGAAGUGGAUUGGGAGGGGAAGGGCCGCGCUGGCUGUGCUGGUUGUGGUGAUGGCCGUGUUGACGCAGAUUCUGUACCACGCCGUCGUCUUCGUCUCGCAGACGGCCCCCUCGUUCAAGGCGGCCAUGGUCAGUGAGCCAUUUGUGCGCGGUGCGGCCUUCAGCGGCGACUUCGCGGCCGACGGCAGCGGGUUUAGCCGCCCCGACCUUCUGGCGCUGCAGCGGCGCGUGGUGGACGGCGACCUAGUCCGUCUGUCGGCCCCGGACUGCAUGGACCAAUUCGGUGGCGCCUUCGAGACGGCGUACUCGGCCGUUCUCCUAGUGUCCGACACCCAGACGACGUCGACCGGUAUGUCCCGCGUGACCCCGCCCGCCCUCGUCGACCCGUCGGCCAUGCAAGUGCAGUACUGCCUCGCUCUGCCCGCACCACCACCAACCUGCCAGGUCAACCUCAACGCCUCCCUCCUCGGCAUCGUCGCGCUACUCAACUCCAUCGCCGUUGUCGCGACCUCCGCCGUGCUCUUCCGCCGGCGCUCCGCCUUCCGCCCGCUCGUCACCCUCGGCGACGCCUUCGCCUCGUUCCUGCAGGACCCGGACCCGACCACCCGCGGCGCCUGUCUGCUGACCAAGUCCGACGUCGUCCGCGGCCGCACCUGGCCCCGCGCCGAGGCCAAGUACUGGAUCCCAGAUUCCCACUACUGGGCCCGCAGCGUCCCCUUUACCGGCUGGCUAUCCACCUUCCUCCUCUGGGCCCUCUGCGCCGGCCUCGCCGCGGCUGCGCUGGUAUACCACCUCACCGCCGACACCACCUCCUCCCUAUCCGCCCUCGGUCUCGCCGACCCCCACGCCCUGAUCCGCUUCCCUUUCACCCCUUCUUCUACAACAACCCUCCCACCAGCAGCCAUCGCCGUCCUAGCCGCCGUCCCCCAACUCCUCUUCGCCGUCCUCUACCUCUCCGUCAACUCCCUCCUCACAACCUACUACCUCUCCCACGAAUCCUCCCUCUUCGCCAUGGGCGGCCACCCCGUCGGUCCCGUCGGCCGCCCCCUGCGUGUCUCUGCCGACCCUGUAGGCGCCCAGACCACGGGUGUCCGACUCACCCUGCCACAUGUCGUGUCCCUCCCGCUGGCGGUGCUGUUCGCGGGGAUGUCGUUUCUCACGGGGCAGAGUUUUGUCGCCGUCGUGGUACGAGCCGUACCCGUCUCCGUCUCUCCUACCGCAUCCCCUGAUGCGGCGGGUGAAUCACCAUCCCUCGUAGCCCUCGGCACAAGCGGUCAAGCCCUCGUCGCGCUGCUCAUCGCCCUCGGUCUACUCGCGAUAGCGGUAGUAACCCUCGGGAUGCGUCGUGCGCCCUCAGCAAUCACAGUCAAGGGGGAGAUGAUCGGAAACCCGAUGGUCAUGCCCGGGGGGUCGUGUAGUGCGGUGGUUAGUGCGCGGUGUCAGCCUGUUGGGGGGAGGGAAGAGACGGCGUUGUGGCGGCGGCCGGUGAUGUGGGGUGUCACAAGGGAAGGGAAUGGGUAUGGGGUUAGUCAUUGUGGGUUUACGGCUGGGAGGGCGGGGACGGUGGGGAUGGGGAGGAGUUAUGCUUGA